AUGUGGAAAACAUUUUCAAUAAAGCACUGAAAAAGAAAAAAAAGAUAGAAGAAGAAAAACGGAACCAAUGUUCCACAGCCGACGGAACCUUUGAACAAGUGCGUCAAAAAGAAGCACGGAUUUCUUUAUUGGUGACACACUAGGAACAGCUGUUGUUGUCGGCUAGUAGCUCGCUAAAGUCAACUUACUGGCUAACUUAAACUUCAUCAAAUCGUAUCACUGUUCUCCAUUGUUUAUAUUUCACGGCACUGAGAGUAUCUUCUUAUCCUGACCCCCCCCAGGCUGAUUGGAGGACUGUCGCCAUGGAGCCUGCCUGCCGUAAAGACAAGCCAAAGCUGAACUCCACACCGACCAGAGGAGACCGAGCCAAGCAAAAGUCUGCACAGCAAGAGCUCAAACAACGACAGAGAGCAGAGAUUUAUGCCUUGAACAAGGUGAUGACUGAGUUGGAACAACAGCAAUUUGAGGCCUUUUGUAAACAGAUGCAGUCCCAAGGAGAAUGAUGAAUCCUGCCUUAAUCUGAAUGUGGACCAGCACCUGUCACCCUGCAGAAACACCAUGUACACUAUGACCAUACAAACACACACUUACGCUAAUGUUCAAUAGGACAAGCUUUGCCCUCAGUGUUUUGCUGGCUGAAAUUCUUAACUGUAAAACCUGAAUAUGCCAGAGAGUAUUGUGAUAAUAAACUGUCCGGAUUGUUAGUUGAAAGCAUUGAAGGUGAAAUGUUUCCAAACAGGAACAACUGGACGCAGAGUUGCGCAUUUCAUACAGACACAUAAUGACUUAAUGAUUCUGACAAUUCCUUUCCUUAAAUAUCAACCUUUAUUAAAUGUAUGUAAUGGUUGAGCUAAAUUCAGAUUUACAUGUGUUGAGAUUUUAUAGGUCAAAUGUGGAAGAGCUGUUUGUUAACCUACCUAAGAGGCAGCUGGGUUUAGCUCUGGACGGGCAAAGAUUAUGAAUUUCGGUUAAAAGCACACUGAAAAACAUGCUUCAGAGCUUCAGAUUCAUCCACCCAUCACCAGUUGUAGUUUUCUGAAGUCAGAAAUACAUUGUCAGCUUCUUGAAAGAACAAGUUUUCUCUGAGAAACAUCCAAUGUGCUUCAGACUUCCAACUUCAAGCAGCAAAACGUUAUGCUGUUUUGUCAUGUAGCUUUAAAAUAGAUGGUGCCCUUAAUAUGUCAGUGUUAAUGGUGCUCACUUUGAACACUAUCAUGUGAAUGAUAUAAUAUUGCAUUUUAUUGUCACCUGUUUUUCAAUCUUAACUUCUAUUUAUGUCUAAUGACUAUAAAA